GAUACAUCUUCUUCCUGCUCGAUGAGAACAGCUGAAACGUAGGGAUUUGGUUGCUGCAAACGAGUCAAAAGCAGGCGUUCGUUCGAGCCCAUCGUUUCUCCCUUUCCCACCUAACGAAAAUUGUGCGUGCCAUGGCCUUCCGACGUCCAAAUUCUUCGCUUGAGGAAGAGAAAGCUGUUCAUCUGUGUCUCCUCCCUUUAUUCGGUCUCAUGCAACCAAGCAACGACUUCUUUUGGGGAGGAGAAAGGCUUGGGAACGAAGCAGUCCACCGUCCUUUUCUCUGCUUCGCCAUGGUCUCCCUCUUCGUCAACAGCAGCAGCUUCAACGUUCUGAGGAGAGCGGCAGCGGUGCAGUUCGGAGGGAGUAGAAGGGUGGUUAUAGCGAGAGGAGGAAGAGAGGGGAAGGCGGUGAUGGAGAACGCGCGCCAGGUGGAGGCGUACAUCGACCCCACGGCGACGGUGGGCGGUGGAGUCGAGGACGCCUACGGCGAGGAUCGCGCUACCGAGGAGCAGCUCGUCACUCCCUGGACCUUCUCCGUCGCUAGUGGGUAUAGUCUACUAAGAGAUCCACACCACAACAAAGGGCUUGCCUUUACUGAAAUUGAGAGAGAUGCUCACUACUUGCGAGGCCUAUUGCCUCCAGUUGUCCUAACUCAAGAGCUGCAGGAGAAAAAGCUGCUGCACAAUCUUCGCAAAUAUGAAGUUCCCCUGCAGCGUUACAUGUCAAUGAUGGACCUGCAGGAGAGGAACGAGAGGCUUUUCUACAAGCUUCUGAUUGACAAUGUUGAGGAAUUACUUCCGGUUGUAUACACACCAACAGUUGGCGAGGCCUGCCAAAAGUAUGGGAGCAUCUUUAGGCGUCCACAGGGUCUAUAUAUCAGUCUGAAAGAGAAAGGGAAAAUUCUUGAGGUGCUAAAGAACUGGCCUGAGAAGACCAUUCAAGUUAUCGUGGUCACUGAUGGUGAGCGCAUUUUGGGUCUAGGAGACCUUGGGUGUCAGGGAAUGGGAAUUCCUGUUGGCAAACUUGCUCUUUAUACAGCCCUUGGAGGACUCCGUCCAUCUGCAUGCUUACCCAUAACAAUUGAUGUGGGCACAAACAAUGAGCAAUUGCUGAAUGAUGACUUUUAUAUCGGUCUAAGACAAAAACGAGCUAGAGACCAGGAAUAUGAGGAUCUUCUCCAUGAGUUCAUGUGUGCCGUCAAGCAACAAUAUGGUGAGAAAGUCCUAAUUCAGUUCGAAGACUUUGCCAAUCAUAAUGCAUUUGAUUUGCUUGCAAAAUAUAGCAAGACACAUCUUGUCUUUAAUGAUGACAUCCAGGGAACAGCUUCCGUGGUCCUUGCUGGACUUGUUGCUGCACUGAAGUUGGUUGGAGGGACCUUAGCGGACCAUACUUACUUGUUCCUUGGUGCUGGUGAGGCUGGCACUGGUAUUGCUGAGCUCAUUGCUCUUGAGAUGUCAAGACAGAUGGGUACCCCAAUCGAAAAUAAUCGUGAAAAGAUUUGGCUUGUUGACUCAAAGGGAUUGAUUGUUAGUUCCCGGAUGGAAUCUCUACAACACUUCAAGAAACCUUGGGCACAUGACCAUGAACCUGUUAACAACCUUUUAGAUGCUGUGAAGGCCAUCAAGCCAACUGUGUUGAUAGGAACCUCUGGAGUAGGGAAGACUUUUACAAAAGAUGUAGUUGAGGCCAUGGCUUCAUUUAAUGAGAAACCUGUCAUUCUUGCUCUGUCAAAUCCCACAACACAAUCAGAAUGUACUGCCGAGGAAGCAUAUACUUGGAGUAAGGGUUGUGCAAUUUUUGCGAGCGGGAGCCCAUUUGAUCCUGUUGAAUAUGAGGGGAAGAUUUUUGUACCUGGCCAGGCAAAUAAUGCUUACAUAUUUCCUGGUUUUGGUCUUGGCUUGGUGAUAUCUGGUGCCAUACGUGUGCACGAUGAAAUGCUUCUUGCAGCCUCGGAAGCUUUAGCCCAGCAAGUGACACAAGAGAAUUUUGACAAAGGACUGAUCUAUCCUCCCUUCAAAAAUAUCCGAAAGAUAUCUGCGCAUAUUGCCGCUAAUGUGGCUGCAAAAGUAUAUGAACUUGGUUUGGCUACUCGUCUUCCUCGCCCGGACAACCUGGUGAAAUAUGCAGAGAGUUGCAUGUACACCCCGGCAUAUCGCAAUUACCGUUGAAUAGGCAAAACAGAAUCUAUCAAUUUUGUAGCAGUCGCAUAGUCAUUACACAUUUGAAAACUAUUGUUCCUUGUAUGAUUGUUGUCUCAAAAGUGUUUUUAGUUCCCGGGCUAUCGACAAUAAAUUAGUAGUUUAGGUGGAUGGAAAUAAAUGUUGCCAAUGGAAGCAACAUAAUCUGCACUCAUUGUUCUUUCUUAUAUAGAAGCUUCACAUCUGUGUUAUGUUACUGAUCUUGUGUGUGUUGAUAGACUGAAUAUUGGCACAGAGUGAUCGACCCAUUAUUUUUCUUUUUGUUGUUC